AUGAUGCCCGAUAAUGCAUCCAUAAUGUCCUCCAACCCCGCCCGCACCGUAUUCCCCCAAGGACCCAGCUUCUCACUUGAGGACUUCUCCGGUCGAGACUUUAUCGUCAAGGAGUUUAUCGAAGCUCUCUCCGAUACUGCCAUCUCUACACGUCGCUCAACAGUGGGAACGGCCACGGCCAAUCAACCAUUCGAUCCGAAACCCCUCAUCCGGACGUUUGAAGGUGCCCAACGACGUCUAGGUGAACUGUCGGGGGACCUAGAGAUUCGAGAAAAUGAGCUCUCCGCUGCGGUCCGUCGAGCAGAGGCCCAGCAUUCGCAGAACCUCACCUCCCUCGGUCGGAAGCUUCGACAGGCAAUUGAUUCAUUCCAGCAACUCGACACCUCGCUGAACGGCCCCGGACUCGAGAGCACCGGGGGCACCGGAAACAUGGCAGUUGAAACGGGACGACGGUUGGAGGAACUGGACCGACAACGCCGGCGAGCUUUGGAUGCCCAUUUCUUGCUCGAAUGCUGGGAUGGGGUCUGUAAUCGCGGGGAGAUUUCCCUUCUAGAGAACCUACGACGAUCGGGCACGGCGGAGGCCAAGGUCCGAUCUGCACAUAUCGCGAGACAACUGCUGCGGAUCAGUCAACGGUUGGAUCCUCAGAGCUGGCAGCAGAACCAGCAAACAUCGUCCAAUGGUCACUAUGGCGGAAAUUCCUCCUCAGAUGACCUUCACAGUGGGAACAGUACCCCGCGUCGGAAUACAAGGGAAAUUAUUGAAAAAUUCUCAGAAACCCUGGAGAAAGACCUCUUGACACAAUUUGAUGACUUUUAUCGCAAGGCCAACUUUGAUGGUAUGAAGGACUGUGCAACUGUGUUGCAAGACUUCAACGCUGGGUCUAGUGUGAUUGCCCUGUUCGUCAACCAGCAUCAAUUCUUCAUUGACCGUAGUCAAUUGGUGACAGAGGAGGUCGGUGGGGACGCAGAAUCAUGGGAGAGAAUGGCCGAUCCCGAUGCUGAGCUUCCCGGGGUAGAACCCAGUCUGCAGUCGUUGCUAGAUGAGGUCAAGGUGGUAGUGCAGGAAGAAUCCGCGAUUAUUAAACGGGCCUUCCCAUACUAUGAGCAGGUACUUGGAAAGUUCCUCCAGCGCGUGUUCCAACAAUCCAUCCAGCAAAGAUUGGAACUGGUCCUCGAAAAGGCCAGCGGUGUGUCCUCUCUCGCCUUUCUACGGUGCCUGCAGAGCUCCCGGGGCUACAUCAGUACCUUGAUCGAUGAUUUGAAGGCCCAUGGGUUGACAGAGCACCCUGAUCCGAUCUCCUCCCAAACUGCGCUUCUACUGGAUCAACAGCUGGAAGAACUGUUUGUACCCUACUUUGUUGGGUCAUCCUACAUCGAGCGCGAGAAACGCACGCUAGAGGAUCUCUUUAAUGCCCUACUUUUCAAAUUCACUAGCUACCAGGCCCGUCGUAAGAAGGCCGCUACUACCUUCAUGGCUUCAUUAUCUCGCCCGGGCACCGAAUUACUGUCCACCACUCGGGACGCAUUCAUCGCUCGGCUGGACUCGCCAGAUGUCUCUCCAUUUCAGCGGAGAACGCUACUUCAGGUUGCCAAUCUCGGUGAUCUCCCAGACACGGUGCGGCUGACAGAGAUUAAACUUACCGACGAGGAUGGCCUGCCUAAUCUAAGUGAUGCGAAACGCAUGCUGAAGUGGCUGGCGGAAGCAGUGGGUCGGGGGCUGGAGCUGAGCGUCAACGCCGACACACACAAAGAUGUGUCGGCUCUUUUGACCUUGUUACUGCUCACCAUGGGUGAAGGAUACGUGGAUGUUUGCCUCGACGCUGCCCUGGAGGCAGCCACGGCCCAAGAAUCGGGCAAGAAUGAGCCUGAUUUUGGAUACUUGCCCUCCGUUCGCACCACGAUCAGCAUCACCACGUUGAUGGUGAUGUGCAUAAAUGCCGUUCUCCUGCCGUUGGCGGCGGGGAGUAUUACCACUCGUCGGGACAUGGAGAAACGGACCAGCCAGGCGACUUCUCGAUUCGAGGAUAAGAUCAACACGAUUGAGCAAAAGACUAUUGACGGCACCCUCGCGUGGGUUGGGCGGUUGCUCUCCGGCCAACGUAAGAAUGAUUUCCGGCCUCGGGAGGGCGAUAAUGCCACAUGGCUCGAGAUGCUGCAAACACCGACAUGCUCCUCGAUCUGUACAUUCCUCACGCGGCUGCACAACAUAGCUCGUACUUCGUUACCCUCCAGUGGGUCCAACGUGCGACUAGUGUUGACGGAGAUUGCGCUAGGAACACGCGGACUCCUGCUGGAACAUUUUAAGCGGUUCGCCGUCAGCGGACCGGGUGGAUUAAUGGUAACCAAGGAUAUGACGCAAUACGCAGACCUUCUCAAGUCGUGGGACAUCGACGAGGAGAUCAAGGCCCCUGGUGGCGCGCUGGACGUGCUCUUGGAAGUCGGUAACUUGUUUGUCAUUGGUGUGGAGGCGCUCCGAGAACGUAUUCGCGGUGGCGCCGCCAAUAGUACUGGGCCAGGGUCGAGUCGAGGCUCUGGACCUGAGGCCAAACUUAGUGUGAUGGAGGUGCGAGCCUAUGUUUCCCGUCGUGAGGAUUCGAAUACCUUGGCUCUACAGCAAGUACUUAAUUCCCUGUAA